AUGUCUUCCUCGAUCCUACAUCAGUGCCCGCACUGCGGGCACGUCUCCGAUAUCUCAAAUGCACUUGCAGCAUUUAUCGAGAACCCCCACUGUAAACAGUGCGGCAUGUCUGCUUCCGAAAGCAACUCGAAAGUGCAAGACGAACUUUCAGCUCUAUUUGAUAGACAAAUGAGUAUGACACAGCUGCCUCCCGCCCCUAGAGAAACCAUCGUACCAUCCCAAGCACCAGAAAUUGCAUACAGCAUUACCCAACACUACCACCACUCGGCCCACAGAGUCGCCCAGCACACAGACCAACCUUCAAGCACUGAUGUUCUGAGGUAUCACGGUCUUGAUCCAAAUGCCCUUACUUCGGAUCAGCUUGCGCUCUUUGAAAACGCCGAUGCAGAACAGAGAGAACGGUUGAUUCAAACAUGGCAGCUCUACUCGCAGUUUGGAAAUGAAGCCAGUGCUGCUGGCGACUUUGCUAUGCAUGAUUCUGCUAUGGAUGACAGUGCAGAUGGAAAUGCCUAUGCUGAUGCUGAACCGUACAUGGUAUCGGGCUACGAGAACGUUGCCAAUCAAGCCUCUCAUCUCCCGAAAGAGCCCACCACUGGUGAAACCUAUGUUGGCUCAAAGGAUCCGGUGUAUCAAGGUCAGCAAUGGUGGGAGCUGACAAAAGCUGGUCCGAUGGAAUCAACCUAUGGUGAAUUUGAAGAGAUGAGACGAUAUUACCCUAGCUGUGGUGUAUACCACCAUUAG